CACGAUUUCGGCUGCAGCUGAGUGGAGUGUGUUUGUUGUCGGUCGAUGUUUUAGUAGGUCGUUUGGAGACUUUUCGGUUUUGGUUUGAUCUUUGACUCAAGUUUGGUGAAAGAUGGCCUGAUUAGACAAUGAAUCUUUCCCUGAAGACACUUUACUCGCCCUUCCGGAGAAAGGACUGCCCGUGUUAGCGGUCCAUUCAUCCUGCUUCCCGUGGUUUUACUGUGCCAUGGCUUCAGGCUCAGAAAAUCAUUUAACAUCUGUCAUUCCAGUUCCGAAGGAUGAAUCGAGUAGCAACAAUGAUAUGCAGGACAAGCGCCUGUGGAUUGGAAACCUAGAUCCUCGUUUGUCUGAGUAUAACCUUUUAAAACUCCUCCAAAAACAUGGCACGAUUGAGAAGUUUGAUUUGCUAUUUCAUCGAUCUGGACCAUUGGCUGGUUUUCCACGAGGAUAUGCAUUUUGCACUUUCAAAAACACUGAAGAUGCAACAUCAGCCAUGCAACAUCUGGAUGGACAACUUGUUGGUAACAAACACGUAAUUGUGCGCUGGGCUCACUCAAUGAGCAAGGAUGAAAUGGAAAGCCGGCCAAAAGCAGAGCUGACUAUACCUGUCCUAGCUGGUGCAAAGUCAUCAAAAUCUGAGAAGAAACCUCUCAGUCGGAAAACAGCUAUACAAGCUAUUGAAGCCAAACUGAGACUUAUGGAGCAGACUAAUGUUGUUGAAGAAUUUGAGGUAAAUGACUCACCAGCUGCACUAAGGAACAAGUCACAUGUUUUGGUUCAAGCCCAAGUUGGUUUAGAUCCAAGCAACAGCAAGUCCUCCCACUCACGAUCUUCAGGUCGUAAACAUGAUCGCAAACCAUAUCACAGAGGACACCAUCAUAGAUAAUUUGUCAUUCAACUAUCAGUGUGAAAUUUAGUCAUACCCUGCCAAACACUUAAAUAUAAAUCAACUUCAAAACACCCACCAAUUCUAAUCAGGGCCCAAUGCAUAUUGGUAAUAUUGUAAGGGACACAAAUAUGACUGAAACAAUAACAUUAGAGUAAUUCUACUACUUGUUGAUAUUUGACAAAUAAGAUUGCCAAUUUAUUAGACACCUCAGAAACAUACUUAAUGAUCAUUCAUUGUUCAUAUCAUAUGUACACAUCAUUUACUUCCCUCUUCAUCAGAUUUGAAUUACCUCAUGAUCUCUGUAUUAUUUAUUGACUUUGCACCAUUUACAAGGUCUUCCUCUCUGAUCCAGUCUUGUAAUAAAGAAAAUUUUUAGUA